AUGUUUGCUGAUGAUGGAGAUCUUCCUCAGGAUGGCAUCGUGGCUGAUGAAGCUGUUGUUCAAUCACAAGGACAACAAGUAAAUGAUACGCUCAGGGACAAUUGGGAUGAUGCAGAGGGAUAUUAUCGAGUGAGAAUAGGAGAAGUUCUUGAUGGCCGUUAUCGAGUUUUUGGUUAUACCGGUGCUGGAGUUUUCGGAAACGUUGUCAGGUGUACUGAUCAAAAGAGAAACGAUGUGGUCGCGAUAAAAAUCAUACGAAACAACGAGAUCAUGCGAAAGACAGGUCUACGCGAAUUAGAAGUCUUACGUAAGUUGAAUGAAGCCGACCGCGAAGACAGAUUUCAUUGUCUGCAGCUUUAUCGCACAUUCAAUCAUCACAAUCAUCUGUGCCUUUGCUUCGAGAACCUGAGGGUGUUUGUCAUUGCACCAGUAUCUGGUUUCAUAUUUGAAAAUUGCAGCAUGAACUUACGCGAGUUGUUGAAAAAAUAUGGCAACAAUGUUGGAUUACACAUGAAGGCGGUCCGAAGUUAUGCACAUCAGCUUCUAAUGGCACUACGACUUCUAAAGAAAUGCGGUCUUGUACAUGCAGAUAUUAAACCUGAUAACAUUCUGGUGAGUUGUUGA